AUGGAUUCGAGUGACGUCAUACACGUCCGAGGAAACGACUUGCGACCAUCAAGAGGAAUCAUUACCCGCAAGAUUGGUCAAGCUAUGGUCGAGAUCACUGAUCUGACAGAUGCAACGGUCCAUCGACGCCACAUCGACCAAAUUCACUUCAACGAAACUCCGACCUCGACUAAAGACCUUGCCGAAGGAAAUCCACAAAACCUGCCCUGUGAUACGCCGCCAAAAAUCACAGAAGACCAUACACAACAACCCGCUACUCCGGGAACGUCUACUGACGAGAAUACCGCACUAGCAUUCCGCAGACCAGUCAGAAGAGCAAGCCAAUUCGACGAGGCUCUUUUGAGGGAGGAGAGUUGUGGUGAUUCGGAUCUACGAGAUCACGCCUGCCCUGGAGCAGCGCGGUACAGUUUCCGGACAUUGGUAGUCAAUCGACCUUGA